AUGUCGGCCUACACGCAGCUCCCCAAGCUAGUCCGCGUCCCUCCCGAGCGUCUGCGCAGCAUCCUCCUUUCUCAGCCGACGGAAGAGAAGCUCGCCGUGAUCGACGUGCGGGACUCCGACCACAUCGGCGGGCACAUCAAGUCGUCACGGCACGUGCCCUCCGGCACGCUGAACUACACGGCACCCGAGCUCGUACGCACGCUGCAAGGCGCCGAGAAAGUCGUUUUCCACUGCGCGCUGUCGCAGGAGCGCGGGCCGAGCGCUGCGAUAAAGUAUAUCCGCGAGCGGGAAAGGUUGAUGGGCCCCGAGUCGGUCGCCAAGGAGGCGCUAUGGAUCGAUGAUGGCGAGCCCGCAGAGAGGGAUGGUAAAGGCGCUGUGCUGAGGCAGCAGGUCUACGUACUCGAUGGCGGGUUCGUUAGGUGGCAGCAGGAAUAUGGAACUGACGAGCGGUUGACGGAGAAUUAUAACAAGCAGCUCUGGGAACAGGGCUUUUAG